AUGGCCAAGAACGGAGAUCACCUUUCAUUGGAUAAUGCAAUUUCGAGUAGCAUUUUCCAAUCUGAUCAAGUUGUCAACGAGUUGUUGAGUGACUACUCCCUCUACAUCGACGACCUCAAGCAACUUCUAGCAGUUCAUCAAAGGUAUACUCGUAAUGGGAGCCACACUGACCUGCAGACGUUGGAAGAGACUGGCAUCCUUCCUCUUUUGAGAUGCUCACUCUAA